AUGAAGGGUAAACAGCAAUUGGAGGAACAUGAAACGAAGCAAUUGAAACCCGUAAAGCCGUCGCAAGUUGCACCUUUGCGCGCUAGGGUUUUGGAAAAGCCACUGGAGAAUGUGCAUAAGGGACGAGAUACUGCUGUAGUUGGUUCGUCGUCAGGUCUGACAAAGAAGGAGAAGGUAGCUACUGUUGUUGAUGUUCGUGACUCCCCCCCAAAGGAAAGCUCACUCCCAAAGUCGCAACAAGGGAGCAUCGCAAAAACCCUAGUCGCAGGCCGCGGAACUCAGGCUUGUGGAAACCCUAACUCUGCGAGCUGCGAUGCCAGUUUGGAUGUUGCGGCAUCAGCUCCAUCUCAGCUGGAACUGCUUGGAAUCUCUGUCGAUGGACAAGACCCUACUCUAGUAGUAACACUCCUAGUCCCUCCCCAAUAG